UCGAGGCUGUAUAUGGAUAGGAGCUCUCUGCUUCAGCUCAUACAGGAGCAGGACCCUGACCAGACUGGCUUUAUCGGCCUGGAGCACGUGUGUGGCCUGCUCCACAGCCAUGACUUACAGCUGGAUCCUGGCAAGCUGGAGCUACUGCUGGCCUUGGUGCAGAGCAAUGAGCAGGGCCAAGUCUGCUACUCCGAGCUGCUCACCCUGAUGAGCAGCAAGCGCUCUAGCAGCUUCCGCCGAGCCAUCUCGAACGGGCAGAGGCCAGGCCCGCGAGCGCUGCUGGAGGAGCCGGGGCUGAGCGUGUACAAGCGGUUGGUGCGACACGUGGCCUACGAGAUCCUGCCGUGCGAGGCGGACAGGCGCUGGUAUUACACCCAGUACCGGGGCUGCCCUCCGCCCCUCGGCAUGACCCUCCUCACAACUCUGCAGAUUAUUAUAUUCAUUUGCUACGGAGCCAUGCUGAACAAGUGGGUGCUGCAGACCUAUCACGUGGAUUACAUGAAGAGUCCUCUGGUCUAUCACCCUGGUCACAGGGCCCACGUCUGGAGGUUCUUCACUUACAUUUUCAUGCACGCCGGGUUGGAGCAGUUGGGAUUUAACGCUUUACUGCAGCUGAUGAUCGGGGUCCCACUGGAGAUGGUGCACGGGAUUGUCCGUAUCGGGCUCCUGUACCUGGCGGGCGUGCUGGCAGGCUCUCUGACGGUCUCCAUCACGGACAUGAGGGCACCUCUGGUCGGGGCGUCUGGGGGAGUCUACGCUCUCUGCUCCGCUCACUUGGCCAAUGUUGUCAUGAACUGGGGUGGGAUGCGUUGCCCCUACAAACUGCUUCGAAUGAUCCUGGCUCUUGUCUGCAUGAGCUCGGAGGUUGGCCGGGCAGUGUGGCUGCGUUUCUCUCCUCCCCUGCCCUCCUCUGGUCCCCAGCCCAGCUUCAUGGCCCACCUGGCGGGGGCGGUGGUGGGGGUUAGUAUGGGGCUGAUCAUGCUGCGCAGCUACGAGGAGAAUCUGCACCAGCAGUGCUCCUGGUGGCUUGUCCUCUCCUCCUACGUCGUCUUUCUCCUGUUUGCAAUUUUCUGGAACAUUUUUGCCUACGACCUCCUGGGUGUUCAGAUCCCACCCGCACCGUAAACAGCGGGGAGUGUGCGGCUACUCAAGCUGGAAUGUGAAGGACGAAAUCUGAGACGGGUUGUUUUUUUUAAGUGAAGUCCCAGCGUGGAGCAACGACUACAAACUGAGCGCUUGGUGACCCGUUUUUAUCAUCAUUCUCAUUGGCAGGAUUUACAUCUCAGCCUCGGGACAAUGACUAAACUGCUCACAAACCGUGGGAGUGAAGGUGGGAAUGAACGUGAAGAGAGCUGUCCAAAGAGGAAUAGACUGGAAAGGCAAACUGACACGCCAGCCUUUCCCACGUCUCUCCAUUAGCUCACGACCGACCCUGACCAUCAGAUCUCAUGUACAUUUCAUUAACGGCGACGGGAAAUGUGCUGGUGGGUUUUUGAAAUUCUCUCUUGUGGCCGAUGACACUUAAAUUGCACAAUGUUACUUAAAUCUAUAAGGUUCCAGACACGUCCGGCCUGUGUUCAAUUUAAUACGGAUGUUUUCAAGUCAAAGUGUCUCAAUAAAUAUUCAUAUUGAUCACCAA